GUCGGCAUUUUGUCAUGAGCACACAGUUGGCAUAGUGACGCCAGCCCCUUGCGCGAUGGCCGAGGAGGAAAAGCAAGAGACACUUCAGGUGUCCAAGAAGCAAGCUGCGCAGCUUGGGGGCGCGGGUCCUGCCCGGACCGUCGAGCAGAGGACUUCCACACAGAUCUUGCUGGCGCCGAAUGCCGGGGGCGCGGAGGUGACCAUCCGGGGCGCCCCGGCCGGCGUGGCCAAGGCGCUGACGAUGCUGAAGGUCCUGGUGGCCUUCAAGGAAGCUGCAUCUCCCGAGGAGCGGGGGCUUUGCCACUGGUUCGCCUGCGGCUUUUGCCGUGACGGCGAGGACGAGGACGGCUGCGAGGCCGGCCUGCACUCCGCCACGCUCAGCGCCGAGACACAGGCAGCGUGGCUGGGGAAGGCUCCGAAGGAUGCCAAGGUGAAAGCCCGGCCGCUGCUCCUGGCGAUCUCUUGCGGCGGAGUUGGGCCCCCCUUGCCCGCUCCAGGCCAGCUUUCCGCUCCGCGCACUGGAGGUGGGAUAGGCUGUCCGGAGGAGGACCUCAUAGAGCUUUGCCUGGUUGCCAUGGACUGGGAAGACGCUGCCGAGGUGAGCCGCUUCCACCGCUUCGUGAGGCCAAAUGCCUGGGACCAGCAAGACGCUGAGAUGCGGAAGGCGCACCAGGCGGAGUGCUUCGCCGAGAAACCGCCAGCCCUACACUUCACCGAUGUCUUGGCGGACUUGCUGGAUUGGCUGCCGCGGCUCGUGGGGGUCUCCCUGGAUGAGAUGCGCCCGGAGGAUUUGCUCUUCAUCAGCCCCAGGGACUGGGAAGUCCAGUGCCUGCUGCCGAGGCGCUGUGCAGCGAGCGGAUCAGUGGAUUACGAGCUGCAGGACUUCUUCUUCAAUCGCUGGUGCUGCUUGAAGGAUGUCUUCAGAGAGCACUUUGCCCUGCCGAACGAGGCAGCCCCGACUGGCUUGGGUGCUAUGGCAAGAUAUCUUGGGCUUCCUCCCGGUGACAAGAUACGUCGCACUAAAUGCCUGGACGAGAAUGCGCUGGUGGUGCGUGUCGUGAUGGAGUUGUUGAAGAAGGGGUGGAAGCCCAAAGCAACCGCCUGGCGGGGAAAUGUGCAGGGGCACACCACUUUCCUCUUGCCACGGCGCGGCGACCUCCCCGCAGCGGGAUACGACGAGAAUUCUCGGAAGCGCGGCUUCUGGGAGAUGCAGGGCUCGCCGCCACCACCUCCAGCCCCAGAAGCUGCGCCUCCACCCAUUCUGGGUCCCAUCGUGGGUGCCACAGCCAAAGUCGCGCCAAAGCCGCCCUGGCAGAGGCCGGAGCAACCCAUGCCGCCGUGGGUGCUGGCGCCCACGCCAGCCCCGCCUUCGGCGCCGCCUCCAGCGCCGGCAGCGGCCGCGGCCGCGGCGCCCGCCUCGACGCCGACGGCCAGGAAGGCGGCGCCUCCCAAGCCCGCGCCACCGCCAGAGCCGCCGGAGACGGAGCAGCCGGAGCAGCCGGAGCAGCCGGAGCCUGCGCCCGAAGUGGAGACGGAUGACUGAGAAGAAAAA